GGGCUCCAAUCUGCAGCCUGGCCCCUUUGCUUUCCGCGUGGGGAUUCGCCCCCGUGGGGGGCAAGAGCGAGCGGAUCCCGGGCUCUGCGCGCGUGUGUCGGACGCAGCCCGCCCGGCCGCCGCAGGGACGCGCCGAUUGCUGCGUUGUUUACCGUGCAAGACGAGGCAGGAAACCAGGGGUGGGGGAAGCUGGGAAGAAGCCCCCCUCCCCCACCACGUGAAAACCAAGGUCCAGGCACAGAGUCGGAUCCGCCCGGCGGGGCUGGGCUACGCUGCAGGGGUCUGGAGCCGGCUGGCUGCUGAGCCCCGACCCUCUCUCCGCGCUGCGGGGGCGGAGGGCUCGUGUACCGCGGCUUUCCCCGCCCCCCUCCUGUUUGGGGCCGGUCCCCCUCCCGCGCUAACCCGCCUGGUCUCCCUGGCCUGCGGCAGCCGCCGGUGAAGGGCGCUGCGCGGCGGCGCCCGGGAGAUGGAGGAGGAUACAGCUGGGGGAGGAGAGGCGGGGAGGAGGCACCAGCUGGCGGCGGCGGGCGGAGGAGGAGCAGGCGAGCCGAGGGAUGACAGGGGGAGCGGAGCGGGAGGAGGAGAGGGCAUGUGGGACCAGCUGCUGGACAGGCUCCGCAGCCGGGAUCCAAGAGGCAGCGGCGGCUGCAGCCCCUGCCCCAGCCCCAGCCCGGCCGAGAUGGCGCUGCACAAGCAGGAGCAGGCGGUGUCCGAGGCGAAGGGGCCCAAGGCGGAGGAGGAUGGCGAGGCAGCCGGGGCCAGGGGGCUGCAGGGGGCCGGGCCGGGCUUCCAGCCUCCCGAAGGCGGCUUCGGCUGGAUCGUGGUCUUCGCCGCCACUUGGUGCAACGGGUCCAUCUUCGGCAUCCAGAACUCCUUUGGGAUCCUCUACGUGAUGCUGCAGAGCGACCUGGGCGGCGGCGAGAAGGACCCCACGCUGGAGUUCAAAACAGCGCUGGUUGGAGCCCUGGCCAUGGGGAUGAUUUUCUUCUGCUCGCCUAUUGUGAGUAUCUUCACUGACCGGAUUGGCUGCAGGACGACAGCAGCCUCAGGGGCAGCCAUCGCUUUUAUUGGACUCCUUUCCAGCUCUUUUACAAAGUCCCUUGAAGUCCGCUAUUUCACCUAUGGAAUCCUCUUUGGAUGCGGCAGUUCCUUUGCUUUCCAGCCCUCCUUGGUCAUCCUCGGCCACUACUUCAAACGCCGUCUAGGCUUGGCGAAUGGCAUCGUGGCCGGAGGGAGCUGCCUCUUCUCAAUGUCCCUUCCCUUCUUUUUGAAAACAAUCGGGAGCACCAUCGGGCUAGCUCACACUUUCCAAGUUCUCAGCGCCUUUAUGUUCAUCCAGAUUCUCUUGUCUCUGACUUUCCGGCCCAUCUUGCCACCAUCUUGUGACUCUCACCAUGAUAGACAAGAUAAACUGGCCAGCCGGAACAUGAAACAGCAGUGUGGGUCUCAGAUGCGGAAGUAUUUCAACAUGAGGGUUUUCCGGAGACAGACAUACCGAAUUUGGGCUUUUGGGAUUGCGACAGCCGUCCUGGGAUACUUUGUACCUUACGUGCAUCUGAUAAAGUAUGUGGAGGAGGAGUUUAAGGAAAACGAAAAGGAAUGGAUUCUCUUGGUUUGCCUUGGAGCCACAUCAGGGCUUGGGCGCUUGGUUUCUGGCCGGAUUGGUGACUGCAUUCCUGGACUGAAAAAGAUUUUCUUGCAGGUUGCCUCCUUUAUGCUUCUGGGCCUCAUGUGCAUGAUGAUCCCUCAGUGCCAAGCGUUUGAGGGGGUCAUUGUCGUCUGCCUCUUUCUUGGACUUUGUGAUGGAUUCUUUAUAACCAUCAUGGCCCCCAUAGCCUUUGAACUGGUUGGACCCAUGCAAGCUUCUCAAGCCAUUGGCUAUCUCCUGGGACUUAUGGCCAUUCCAAUGACAGCUGGCCCACCAAUAGCAGGAUACCUCCAUGAUUAUUUUGGGAAUUACUACCUAGCCUUUUACUUAGCUGGAGUUCCCCCAAUUAUUGGGGGCUUGGUCCUCUCUGUUGUUCCUCUGACCCAUCAAAGAAUGCUCAAGAAGCAGCAGAUGGAUUCUGGCAAAGACAAGAUGUUGGUUUCAGAGACUGUCGUGAACGGUGAGCUACUUCCAGGCUGUCCUGCCACUGAGGCGCACGUAUAAAGCCUUUCCCCAUGCAGCCAUCUACCCCCAGACACACACACACACACGCUAUCACCACCAGCAUCUCCUCGCUUGACUGAGCACAGGCCCUUUUCUAAAAGGAGCAGUACCCUCCCAGAUUGCAGAUGAGCAGCACCAAAUACGUAAAGAAGAGAGUUCUCCUAGUUCCAAGCAUGAGCUAACGGAGCUGUUUUUCAGGAUGUUUUGAUUUGAAAGUUGUCUUUCACCAGCACUUUUCUAAAGAGAAUCCUCACUAGAACUCUAACUCCGUUCCCCUCUCCCAAUUUUCUGUUUCUCACAGCAAUGGUUUACAGUUAAUUGAAUGCCUUUAAAACAGGCUGUAUGUGGAGCUUGUUAACCCGUUUGAUUUUAGUUUCAGAUCCAUGCCAUCACACAAUGGUGUCAGUGCUGCCUGGAUGAUGCCUUGGAGUGGGAUUCCAUUCCAUGCCACCUCAGUUUAAUCUGCAAUUAACAAAUUUUCAGACUGUUUUUUGAUCCCAUGUGAAGGCAAAAGAAUUCCAGUGGGGGUAAUCUUUGUAUCUUUUGUGAGAGUGCUCUGUCUCUCCUUGUCCUUCAAAGAAUCUAUCUUUGAAGCUGUCAGCAUGCUUUUAUGGACCAUCAGUUAAUCUCGAUAGUAUGGUCUGCCAGUAGAGUCAAAUUCCUGCUAUUCAUCCCUUGCUGUCCCAUGUUAAUGUACACCAAGAAGGGAACAGCCCCUUGCUAUCUAAUCUUCUACCCAAAUUGGCUGAGGACAGUGAAGGUAAGUUAAUGCAUUGGCUACUUCAGAUGUGAGUUUCAGUGGUCUCAACACUCCUGUCCUUCCAUCUGUUCUUGGAGUAUGCUGCAUUGCAGUGGAAGAAUGCUUCUGACCACUUGCUGUUACUCGGUGUAUCACUGGUCUCCACCAAAGGUUUAGGGCUGUGGGUCACUGCAGGAAAAAGAGAAGGGGCUGAUAAAACAGAAAGGCAGAAAAGGAAGUAAAAAAAGAAUGAUUGGCUUUGCGCAGCUACUAUGAAUGACCAGCUCUAUGCAUUCAGGUUUACUGCUCUGAAAGCCAGGAAACUGUUCCAUUUCCCAGUGGCUCAAUCUGUCAUUCACCUCAGAUUUCUUGACCAGUAACUAAAUGAGUAUGCUUCCAAACCAUCCAUUGAGAGGGGAAGUAACGGGGGCUAUUUUAGGAUUGUGCUGUAAUCAUUAAAAUACUAAAUUUGGAAGGCAACAAAAUUACUAGCAUUGAAUCCUCCAAGAGGAACAGUUAGUCGGAGCUGAGUCCUGAUGUUUACACAAGUCAGCAUUGGCCUGAGCCAUUCCAGUUGGUUAACUCCUCUUUUAGUAUUAUUUUUUUAAUUAAGUUGCAGUAUGUGAGUUAGUUUUUGCUCAGAAUUCUGAAUCCCCUAGCGUACCUGCAGGGCUGUCAAAACAUGUGCCAUGUGAGCAGAAAGGUAAUGCACUGCCGUGCAGACGAGCUCACACGUACCUGUUCUGUAUUACUGAAUAAUAAUCAACAUGUCAGUGUUACAGGAGCUGUGGGAAAAGACCGAACAUAUUUUAAAAACCACCUGGCUCCUUUUUAAAACUAAGAAAUAGUCUGCUGCAGUAUUUAACUCUGCUCAUGCAGGAGCCCUGCAGUGGACCAGAGUGAGAGGUCGGUUUGGGAGGGGCGGGGAUUGUGCAGAUGCCGGCAGUUGAGCUGGCUGGGUGUCCUAAGUGAUUUGCAUUGUGAGAGAGAAGCAUUCUCUCUUAGUGCCACUGAUGCAAUAUGUGGCUUUUAUUCUCUGAAUAUUUGUGUGCUGCGAAUGUCUCUGUGCUUGAUGUAGGAAGAAUAGGGUCAGCUAUCCAGCUGGAUCGUUGCAAAUCAAAAUCGCCAGCAAGGCCUUGGUGACCUCUGCCCUCCUAUGAGCCAGCAGAGAGAGAGCAAGUUCGGCAGAAAUAGAGACCUCUGGGGUUGCACUGAAUCUAGUUCAUAGAAUCAAAGACCAGUACAUCUUGAUCUCGGAGAGAAACCACAAUAAAAAUAAAUACAGCAGAAGUGAAUUCACGGCAUAGAAUGAAGGCAAAACUCAGCACUGCACAGAAGCUAGUUAUCACCAGGGCAGGAGUGGCAAAUACAAUAUAGGGCUGAAGAGAAAGGGAGCUUCCCUAGCUCCAUGUUUAUGAAACCAGUAAGCUGCUUGUUAACCAAGAGAAAUGAGGUUCCCUGCGGAUCUACCUCCAGUGGGAGCCCUGAGUAUCUGAUAGGAAAUCUGAGUCACAGAUGAUUUUUCUAGGUUUCUAUAUUGGUGAUCAGUCAGUAGAGAGGGAUAUUGUUGGCCAAAAACAGAGAAAUUGGGUCCUAGAUGUGAAGUGAUCAUACAUCUACAAACUUUUUUUUUUACAAGCCAUGAACUUAAGAAAAAACUACCAUUAAAAAUGUUACAGGAAAAAUUUUACAGAUGGACAUACUGUGGUAACCUUUCUUUAUUCUCAUUGUGAAUGAAGAGGUCUGUAACCUUAAGACAAAACAUAGACUUAUCUCCAGUCCAUGCCUACAAGUCCUGUUAACAUUCGCCUUGGUGGGAGUUUGGCAUAUGGAUUGUGGACUCAAUAUGUCCCUUUUGCUUUAACAGCAUUGCCUGUAUAAGCUAAGAUCUUGUGUUCUGAUCUUUUGUAAAUUUCAGUCCUUGUAAUAUCUGGAGAACUAAAUGAUAUUUUGUAGCACUUACAACUUAACCCAAACAAGAUGUGUGUCUUUUUUCCCCCGUCCUCAAAAGAUAUGCGUGCUUUUCUGUCACCUUAUUUACUGUUAUUCGAUUCACAUGGUCUAACAUACGAAGCAAAUUUUCUAAACUGAUUUCUUAUUUUGUGAUGUGUAUGCCAGGAAGCAAGCGACACAGCAAGACUGGGCACAUAUCAGAGCCUGGAGAGAUUGCGUCACCAGGAUAGAUGCUUGAUGAACAGGCUUGUACUUUAUAUCAGUGCCUUGAUAUGGGCCAGACUGUGAUGCCCUUGUUCUACUAAUAGUCCCAUCGACUUCAGUGGGAUUUCACACUGGGAUUUUUUUUAUUCCAUUGAAGUCAAAGGGACCAUUGGCAGAGUAAGAGCAUCACAGUCUGACCAUAAAUCUCUUACGAGAAGAGGCGAAGAGGACUUUGCAUUGCAAAUCUCUUCAUGUCUUGGGGUGGGGGGGAGGCGGUGUAUGUAUGUCCUGUGGGGGGGGGGGGUGUUAUUGGGGUGUGUUGUGCGCGUGUGAUGUCUCUAUGUUAGCUGAGGGUUUUUUUUAGCUUAUUCUCAAUUUUGGGCUUUGCUGUGAAGAGGUGGAAGGGGGUUUAAUUUAAAAAAGAGGAAAUAACUGACUUGUAAUAGUACAAGCAGUGCUGUCUCAACACCAGCUCUGAAACAGUAAACAGAUGCAUGUCAGGGUUCAUAACUAAUUGACUACACAUACUGAUAUCAAACAAUAAGGCACUAUGUGUUGUCUGCAGAUUAAUUCUAAAUAGUAAUACUUUUCUAACUCCUAGGAGACCAAUUACAGAUAAGUCCAGAAUUGUCUCAGAAUUACAUGCCCAAUACUCUUCUUACCUUAAAGAUCUCCCACUGAGCAAUAAUCCACUUUCUGAAAACUUUCAAAGCACGUGGGUUUUUAUGUGCUAGAGUAUAACAGCAUCAUGAAAUUAUGAUCCACGUCUUUAAAAAGGUUUUAGCUUUCUGUAUCAUCAGAGGUAGCUAGCGUUCUCUGCAAAGUAGAUGGGGAGUGCCAUAGUAAAGGUAAACAAACUUAGUUUAUCUAGAUUUAGAGGGAAAGGGUGGGGGUUAGCAAACAGUAGUCUAACCUCAACAUCUUUUCUGAUUGUAGGCGUACUUUUAAUCAAUAAUUAAGGGACCAAAUUCUUCUACAGGAGAGAUGUUUAUUUGAAAAAUUAGGGCAAAAUUCUCUCUCAUGAUCCGUACAUUGAAGCUAGACUCUGAUAUUUGGUGCUUUGAACAAAACAGAUGCGGGUAAGGAAAGCCAAACAUUGGAGCAGCCUUAUGCCAGAUAGAUGCAGGAAGAGAAUUUUGCUUUUAACUGUAAAAUAAGCUGCUCUCUUAUAGUUUAGUAAAUUGCUUACAUAAUUAUUGCACACUAUUGGUAUGCAGUAGAGAUGAGGCUGAACGUCUGAGUGGUGUUAACCUUGUAACAAUUGCAUUAAAUUCCCAGAAAUUCCCUGCCCUUGCUUUGUGCCCAUUGGGAGUCCACUGUUGCAAAGCCAAACUAUGACUGCAAGCAGCUUCUCCAGUGUAGCCAAAAUGAAGUGAGAUGCAUGGGCUGCUCUUCCUGGUGCAUUAUCUGGGGAGCUAAUAUGCUUGUGGUUCCUGCUAAGGACUAGGUUCUGAAAUUCCUACUGGGACAGAAUUCCUGUUUUGAAAUCAAACUUGCCAGAGUAAAAACUAUAGGAUCAUUCCCUGGAGUGCAGUGUGACUUGAUCCUCUUGUUCAGGGUGAAGUCGUACUCCAGCUGACAGCGAAGACUUGAUCCUUGCUUGUCCAUUGCUCUGCAAAGCGUGGGAGCCCUAUUUCUUUUUUCUCGUCAGUAGAUAAUUUAAUAAAACUAUCUUCUUUCUGAAUCAAAUCAAAUCUAUGAAUCGUGUCAUGUCAGUGUGAGAGCAGAGGCCACCACCAUGACAGCUUGAAAUGUCUGUUUCCUGUUCCGUUUCAUUUGGGGUGAGGCAUUUGCUAGAUGAAGCCUCUCUAGCACCAAAGCAGUGUUGACCUUGGAGUAUUAAGUGAUAGUGCACAGGCUGCAGUUAAUGAAAUUAUCUUCUCUUUCAGCAAUAAAACCAUGGGAAAAUCAAGCAAGGAGGGGAUAGGCUAAACUGUGUGUCACAAUAGAGUUAGCAGUGGAUCCAGAGAGAGCUGAAGACAAAUUUAUAACCCUAUAUUACAGUAUGUCAGAAUAGGACAUGUUGUAGGGACACACCAGUUAAGGAAAUAUUGGAGUUUCCAUUCUAAACCCUUACCUGCAAGAUGCUCAAUGGCUGCUGCUAAAAACUUGGUAUAUAAGAUUUAACUCCUGCCACUCUUGGAGAAGACAGGACAAGGUAGCAGGGAUCAAAGGAUCAUGUUUUCUUCUAAAAAUCUGUUUAAGUUUAUAUGAAAGUCAGAAAAUGGGUGUGUGCAGGUGGGUGUUACCAUUUGUCGGUGAUCUGGCUGACCUGGGUAUUUGCUGCACUCCAUAAUUGAAAAAUAAUUAUUUUUCGAAUUGAUGUAUCUCGAAUAAGGUUGGGACUUUCUACAUAAAAGAAACCGUUUCAUCAUCAAUGACGUUGAGGUUUUAUGUUCAGUUUUUUUAAAGCUUCAUUUACCCUAAACACACAUUAAGAAAUGAAAUUCAAUAAUCCACAUUCUUAAAACUGCCUGUGGGUGAAAUCUGUGGAAAGCCAUACAGACCAUUUAUAUCCCAUGUAAGAGUUUGAGCGUAUGGAGUCUUUCAGAGGCCUUCUGUGCUGGGAUGAAUUUCAUCUUCAACGCACACUGGUAGGCCAGAAUGUCACUAUUCAGUGAUGACCUAUUUCUUCAAGGAGUUUUUAGACCCAUCUGUAUUUCAGAGAUGGCAUGAACCCAGACUCGGUGAAGGAGUCCAAGUUAAAUACAUACAUACUUAAUCUACCGUGAAGGAGUCAAAUUCUGCUCUCAGUUACUAUUGUGGUGUUACCAAUGUAAAAGGAAGUCACUGGGGUUGCAUCAUAAUAACAGAGCAGAAAAAGACCUGAUCUGUCUAUCUCGGUGAGUGCCUAGCACUAAUGGUGCUGAGGACUCUCUGAUUUCGGCAUCAGUAUCUUAUACAAACCAGUCAAGCUGCCUGUGUUGUUGCCGCUCUGCAUUAUGCCUGACUUGGUCAUAGAGAGCGUUGCUACUGAAGUGCCUCAGAAUAACCAUGAGCUGAGCCAAAACCUCCGAACUAGGAGAUCGGAACUUCAGUUCUAGUUUAUAAUCUCUCUUGGGCAAAAUCAUAACACUAAUUUAGGCAAAGUUAUUAACAAACUAAUUAUUUGUAUUGCAUUGCUUGAUUCUUAGCUUCACUACUUUUCAUUGGGGCAGAAUAACCUUUCCUCAUCUCACUGGAAAUGGAAAAUAUGAAUGGGCUUAAAAGAGCUGAGGACAUGCCCCAAACAAAGCAGUGCCUCGUGUCUUUUCCCCCAUCCUCUCAGCAUUCAUUCACUAGAGCUGAUGACCAAUAUUCCUCCCUAGAGAAAAACUAGCUUUCCGAAAUGUCAAAUUCUGUAAUUUUAGGGCAACCCCUUCUAAUUUCCAGCUGUCCUUUAACCUGCUGGAGGCUUUAGAAAUAUGCACUAUACAAGUCAUCCUUAAACAUUCAUCCAGCUGACAAGUCUGGGUAAUACCAGCAUUCUAAGGUUAAACACUAGUGGCUGUGGCUGUAAUGCCUACUUGGUUCCUUUUUAAUUUUUUUUCAUAGUUCCUUGGUUUUGAUCCAUUGAUUUGGCAAAAUUGCUUAUUGGGUCCCUAAGCCAACAGAUCAGACAGCACUAGUUCAUAACAAUUAAACCAUAUGAGGCAGUUUCACACAUCAUUUCCAAGGAAACCCUCUGAGAACUUGCUUACAGGGAACCUUCAUUUAUAAAGGAGAAAAAUGGCAAUCCCAAAUUGUUCCAGUGCGUAACAGUGCAAACCUCCCGCUAUAGUGACAUUAUUAUGCAGUGGGGAAAUGAUCUGAGUAUCAGAAGGUUCCACUCUAGUCAGCCAGAGCCUAUAAUAUGGUUUGCAUUCUGGCUCAGGAUUUAUUCAUACAUGGACAUCCCAGCUCAUCUUUGGGAGCAGAGCAGUGUUCUAUAUUUACUGAAUCACUAGAUUUGCCUCCUAUUAAUCAUCAUCGCUGGCAUGACUUCCUGAUGGCAUUUGUGCACUUGAGACAGCAGGUGUCAUUCUUCAGUUUGUUGCAUCUUGUGGGGUCACAUCUGUACCAAGUUGGUGUCAGAUGUCGCUGUUUUCAUUGAGUGCAUAUGUGCAAAUGGCAUCAUGAGUCGCAAAGCAGUGGCCCUGGUGACUUUUGUUCUAGUGACAUUGAUAUCGCCUCUGCACUUACUUUAGCAGAAUGAUCCCACAUGACCGUCUCGUUUUUGUAAAUAAUGUUGAAGUCGCUUUACUGUUGCCGCCAUGUACUCUUAGUCUCCAAACAGCUGGAAUACCGGGGACUCUAACCACACUCUGUCCUGUUGUGUUGGAGAUUUUGCAGCCUUCUAGUCAGGCUUAUGAAACUGAAUCAUCUCUGAAAUAAAUGUUUUAAAAACGAAACUGUGCUGUUCGUUUACCGUUCAGUAACCUAAUAGUAGCCUGCCAGCUCCAUUUACCUCUUACACACAUAGAGCUUUCCAAAUCAAAGUGCUUUUCCCUUCAAGAGUACAUAUCUGUUAAAACAUUUGCAUUACUGAUUGCAAAUGCAGGACCUAAUGAACAGAGUAUGCUCAGUGUAUGCACUCUAGUCCUUGUCAAAUGCAAGAGGUACAUAUCAAACAAAAAACAACAACAUGGUUUUAGUAUGUGAAAAAAUUGCUUUUGAAUUAUGUUUUCUAUAGCUAAAGAUUUUUUCAUUUUAUAAUGUACCUUCCAAAGUUCAUUCCCUUAGCUACUUUCAGUUCCAACUGCCAAAACAAUCGGAAAUGUAAAGCAUUACGCGUAUUGUUGGUCUCUAGAGUUAGCCAUUCUGUUUAGUAAGGAAUGAAACGUUGUGUACAGUUUUUUUGGGGGAAGGGGGAUUGCUUUUUAAGAGAUGUGCAGGCUGAUUGUUUACUGAAGUCAGAUUUCUGCUUGGAUUUGACACACUCCACUUUUCACUGAUCACAGACAGACUUCAAACUGUCUUUUUUGGUAGGAUAUCCAGCCUUCCCUCAAUCCGUGCAUGAACUUUUGAUCCUGAAAUGGCUUUGCUUUCCAGAAUGGUCUUUCUGGAAUUUCAAUGCAUUUGGGUUUGUUGUUUUGUUGGCUUUUGAGCACAUCAAAUCAAAUUGCCCUGUACUUUCCCAGCAUAUCCUAUUUCAGCAGACCCAGGAAUUUCACAUAAUGGAAUUCAUCAAAGCAGGAGGAGGGACUUUGCUUGGGAGAUGUUGGGCAAUUUGAAAACAAUCCAUUCUCCCCUCUUGAAAUCCAGCACCUGAGGCAACUCUGUGUGUGAACACCAGAGGCUGAGGUUUGAAUUUAUGCUGAUGGGUAACAGAUGAGUCUGGUCAUUUUAAAGCUGAGUUUCCAAACCCAUUAUGAAGAUCUUCAUAAUCCUAUAAUGAAUGGUCCCCAGUGCCCUCCCUGUCAAAUCUGUUUGUUUAAAGGAUGGUUUGGGUUAUGUGCAUGGGAAUGUCUUUCAGGCCCCAGUGAGGUGGUGGGUGAUGAGCCCUUCAGCAUCCCUGUAAGGCAUUUUGGAGGCUGGGAUUCAUUGCUUUAGCCAGCUUUCCAUGCUGGUUUGCUGGUAAAACUUGCUUUGAGGGUGAUGACCAGUAGUCCCCACUAGAAAGAGAGUGGAUAAAAUGCUUAUUUGCCCUAGGUAGGCUUUACAAAUCCUCCCAUUUGUCCUCUGCUUGGAGCUCCAGCUCAUCAUCUGAAGGGUGUGGCCUGCCAGCUACUGAGCAGCCUCAGCACCUAUUGAAAUUGCUUCAGGUCAAUGGAAGCAGAGGGCAUUCAGCACUUAGACCUCAAUUUGGCAGAGUUCUUACGCAUGUGCUUAAGUCCAUCCCUAUUUAGCAGAGCUCUUGUGUAUGUUCUUAACUUAAAAUUGAAGUCAAUUCUGUCCAGUAUAGCUAUGUGUUCCUGAAUUAGUGCUGAGCACUUUUGCUGAAUGGGGCUGGAUUUUAAGCAUAUGCUUAACAUAAAGCAAGUACUUAAGUGGUUUGUUGAAUCAGAGCCAUAUAGUGGGUGAUUAGUACUCGAUAGAAUCAGGCCCUUACAAGAUCAUGAUCUUCAGAUAAAGAAAUCUAAUUUAUAAAGCUCAAGGCCAGAGUUUGAUGUCUCCUCCAGAUAAAUGUUUUAUAUUCCCUGAAGUUUUGUACUUGGAAGUGAAGUAUUUGGAUGUGUUUAAAAUAUGAUUGUCCUUUUCAGAUGUUAACUUCUGAUUGUUGAUAUAAAAAAGCACAUUUUUGUAAAUGUUUGUUAAUGUUUUAAGGACGUGUAGAAUUAAAAGAGAGAAAAAAUUGA